ACAUUUGAUUACUUGGCCAUUAUGAGUGAAAAACAUACCAGAAUUGCCAUUGUUAGUUCUGAUAAAUGCAAACCGAAAAAAUGUAGACAGGAAUGUAAAAAAUCAUGUCCUGUUGUUAGAAUGGGUAAACAUUUUAUUUGUAUUUUAAAGUCUUUUCCUUUUCUUUUUUUUUGAUCUGUAAAUAUUUCACGGCACAUUUAUUUUCUCAACAGGUAAACUUUGCAUUGAAGUUACUCCCGAGAGUAAAAUUGCUUACAUUUCUGAGGAACUGUGUAUUGGUUGUGGUAUUUGCAUUAAGAAAUGCCCAUUCGGUGCUAUUAUGAUUAUUAACUUACCCACCAACCUUGAAAGACAAGUUACUCACCGUUACAAUGCCAACUCUUUUAAACUUCAUAAAUUACCUGUUCCUAGACCUGGUCAAGUUCUAGGAUUGGUUGGUACUAAUGGUAUUGGUAAAAGUACUGCACUGAAAAUUUUGGCUGGGAAAUUGAAACCAAAUUUAGGAAAAUUCAACGAUCCCCCAGAUUGGCAGGAUAUUCUAAAAUACUUUCGAGGAAAUGAAUUGCAAAACUA